UAUGCAGUCCUUCAAUUUUAUGGUUGCAAAUUGAGGCGUGAAUUCACCUGCCGACAAGAAAUUUCUCAAAUCCUUCAAAGAUGUGGAGCUGCGCAGUUGUGUUCGUCCUUUUCUUUGCAAAAUCGUUGGCACAGACAGAUUUUCCUAGUAGGUGCGAUGAGUUGAGUGAUAAGUUGGACUCCUGCUUGAAUAACAAUGAGCUGAUUCUGAAAGUUUUUAAUGAGACGGCCAAGCAACUGCAAAAGCAGUGCGACGAGAGCAAGGAGAUGGCGGAAAAGCAAGCGGAAAAGCAGGAAAUGGAAAAGAAAAAAUUGCAGAUGGAAAAUGACAAGCUGAAAGUUGAGAACGAAGUGAUGAAGGCGCAAAUGAUGCAGUGCGAAAAAGAAAAGGAAAUUGAAAAGGCUGAACGUCAGAAGUGCGAAAAGGAUAAAUUCGAGUGCCAGUUGUCAAAACUGACCGGAACUACAAGUCCUCCUCCUGUAAUACCGCCAAAUCCUGUCGCUGCAGAGGACUUUUCUGAUGUGGUCCAGGAGCUGCGCAAGUGCGAAAAAAAGGUUGCCGAUUUACUCACUGAAAGGCUGAAAUAUAAUUUGACCAAUCCAAUCAUUAAUGGUCUGCAGUUAAUGAACCUUACAUCUGGAACUUAUUAUUACGAUAAACAACAACGCUACUCCUGGAAAGAGGCGCAAGCACUGUGCAAAUCGCUCGGCCUAGAACUCGCGUCUUUUGAAACCAAAAACAAACUUUCGUCGUUUUGGAACGCCGCUUCCUCCACUGUAUGGGGCCCUUGGACUUCGGGCAGCUAUUAUGGUCAUCAGCCCGGCGAAUUUCACUGGGCCAAUGGGCAGAAAAUCAGCCCCAGCAUGUGGAGACUUGGGCAGCCGGACGAGUUUGGUUUUGGAAAAGACAGCUGCGUUUACGUGUACGACGGGGCCCUUUAUGAUGAGCCGUGCACUGAUAAAAAUCAUGUCAUAUGCGAGCAACCCUUUUACCACAUUGGCUGAAUUUCUAGCUAUAUUAGCCCAAAUUUAUAAGUUUUAAAUAAUAUGAUGAUUAUAUUUCAUGCACACGUGAAAUAAUUAGUGGCCGUGCAAUAUAUUUAAUUCUGUACGCGUUUUGAAAUAAAUUUAGCCAUUAAUUUUUGUAUCCGCUAGUGUUUUAAAUAAAAAAAAUUGUCUAAGAAAAAAAUUAUCAAAAAGCAUUAAAUUUUCAAUAAAUAUCUUUGUUUGCUUCAAUUUGCUUAAAAAUGAA